GUAAAAAUUACUACAGGACAUGCACUGAAGCAGCUACUGGAGAAGAUCUACCUUGACACAAGGCACAGUCCAUCAGCCCUAAAAGCAGGGAGCUGUGAAGUCCCCUUUGCUACCUGCUGUCUCGAGGUGUGGUAGCCCCAGGUAUGGGUCAGCUGGACCCAGCUGUCUCAUUUCAAGACCAAAGCAGCAGGGGAAGGGCCAGAUGAUCAGCAAUUAAUUACCUGAGGCAAGUAAUCCCCAUAGAUGAGGCAGUGCUGUGGGGCCAGCCGUCCUUGCACACUAUAUAAGCAGUGCUUUGUUUCAUGCCAUGGAGCCUGUCCUGGCAGCCCAGUCUGUCUUGAAGCUCAUCUCCUGACCUCCUUUUUCGGGGUAUGCUGUGGCUCGGUGGUGACAUGGAGGAAGUACAGCAGCGUGUGAGUGAGGGCAGGAUAUCCCUGCAAGCCCUCAGUCCUCGUCCCCAGCAUGUGAAGGUCGCUGGCUCCUGGGUAAAUUUCCAUCGGAUGCGGCAUUCUCCCGUUGCGACUCAGCAUUUCCGACACCCGACUGCAGCUUCUCUUUCUCAUUUGAUCAUUUUCUUGCAUUACAACCUCUUUGUCCCCUUUGCCACCCUCGCAUGCCAGGCACAGCUGGUGAGUGUAAUCUGUGAUCCAGUGAAGACCAUCUGGAGAGACAGGAGUGCCACAGAGCAGGACACAAACCUCUCAUGCUGUCAAGUAAGCCAAUGGCCCACAGGCAACUCCACAAAUAAAAGUGCAUGGAAGAGAAAAAAGUGUUGUCAGAGAAGAAAGCAGCCUUCAGAAUCGAAAUUUAUGUGCAGUGUGGAAAGCGUCGAUCAAUGCUGCUGCAGGCCUUCCGAGACUGGAUGGCUAAGAAGCACUGCUACACUCUGCCUCAGCACAAUCCUUUUGAUCAGCUUUCUGCCUGCUUUGAACCACAGACUCUCUGACAAGACUCAGGCUACAGUUCUGUCCCACUCUGCCCCUCUUCCCCCCAUCCUCUCUUCCAACUAAGGAGCUUACACACUGCUGAAGACUUCAGGGCUCAGAUCUUGCUAUCUCCACUACUGCACUUCAGUCUUGCCUCCUAGAGAGUUAUCACUUUCGUUAUUGCCAAGAUAAUUAAAGAGAA